AUGCAAUUCGACAGAAUCAAUAAAGAGAUGAUGGAGGAGAUCAGGAAUAGGAAACCAAACCUGAAGACAUUGAACCUGUCAACCCACAAUAUUGAAAAGAUUGAGCACUUGGAAUUGCUAUCUAGUUUGGAGAGACUAAAUAUCUCGAGUAAUAAAAUUGGCUCUCUGACUGGACUAAAUGGAAACUCAAAAUUGACUGAGUUAAAUUUAUCUAAUAACUGUAUUAAGACUUGUGAAGGAAUCAGCAGGCUGACAGCUCUAGAGGUACUCAAUUUGGCUGAUAACGAAAUUGCAGAGAUUGAAGAGAUCCAGCGAUUUAAGGUCAAUAUCAGUCUUAAAGAGUUAGAUCUGACUGGAAACCCUGUUUGUGAUCUUGAUGAUUAUCGAGAACAAGUUUUACAUUUCCUUCCAAAUCUUAAAAUGCUUGACAAAAUCCCAGUGAUUAAAAAUGAGGCUGCCAUCCGAGAGCGCAGCAAGAAUCGCAAGCAGAUAGAAGACGUCAUUGGUAAAUUUCUGAAGACCAAGAUUCCGCCAAAAUCUAUCGAAAAAUCUACAGAAAUUCAGGCUCCUUUUAAAAAUACUUCUUUGAGUAAUAUUCCAGAAGAGCACAAAAGGCACAUUUCUGAUCUACCCUCUCUUGUUGACGUCAGUCGUGCAGAGAGUCACAAGAUGCAGAAGGAACAUCAAAGUAUGAAUUACAGCCUUGGACAAGACUUAAAAGCUCCUCUAAUUACUCUAGAGCGUCAAAAUAAUGACCAAAAAGAUGUUGAAAAGUCAGGCCUUUUCUCUUUCAUCAACUCCAAAAACAUAGACACCACUACAAACCCCGCUAAGGAUUCCUUAAAAGAAAUAAUCGCCAUCCAAGAGGAAUUUAUCAAGAAGAAAUCCUCUAACCUCGUCCCUGAAUUACUCAAAGUCUGGCGAAACAAGGUAUUCGAGCUUUUGUUCGAGAACAAGAAAAGUGACCUACUCAACAUACAGAAGUCCAAACUCCUAGAGUCUGAAAACAAGAAGCUAGCAGAUGACAUAGACCAGAUGGGCUACCUCCUCCAGAAAAGCCAGAAAGAACUAGAAGCUUGACAGUACGAAAUGGAUAAUGCGCCUAACGAGUACGAGCAAAUUAUGAAGAAUUAUAAAGCAACUCUCUUUAAACAAGUCAAGGAAAUCUUGACCAAGCAUGACCAAGAGACCAGAGCCAACGAAGAAAGAGUAGAAGACAGCCUAUACGCCCUUCAGAGUUAUUUUAAGCGACUUCAGAUUGUGGAAAAGAGAAUUAGAACUUAUGCACAGCUAGUACAGAGUGAAAGAGAGAGUUAUAAGGAGAAAUACAAGCAGUUUCAAAAGAACCAGAAAAACAAUAUCAAAGCUGAAGAUGACAAUUUUCAACUUUCUAAAGAGCUGAAGGAGGUAAGAAGAGCUAUGGAGGAGAAGGACCAUGAAAUAGCUACGUUGAAACGUGAAAUUCUUAUGGAAAAGGAAUCUUACCAGACCUUAUCUCAGACUAAAAAUAUUGAUACAGAAAGAACGGUCAAUGAAGCCCUGCUGAAAGUGAAGAAUAUUGACUCUACCAACCAAGCGUUGAAGAGUGACAAUGAAAGAUUGAUUACUAGAAUAAAGGAACACGAGAAUGACUUAAUUGGUUUAAGAACAGAUCUAGCUACACAUACAAAACUGAAAGAGAGUGAGAUAAAUAAUGUAACUCACAAACUACAAAAUGAGCUGCUAAUAAAGGAUCAAAAUAUUCAGUCUCUAAACCUCAAGAUUGAACAACUGAAUGGGUCAAAUCAGCUCCAGUUACAAAGACUUGAGAAGAUGCAGGAGGAGCUAGCAGCUUGCGAGAAGUCAUUCCAAAAUAGACUCUCCACAAUGGCACAAGAGAAAGAUUAUACUAUCGAAUCUCUUAAAUCAAAGAUUAAGCAUCUCGAGGAAGAAAAUAAGGUAGCUAAUGAGAGACUGAUGAGAAAAAUGAACUUCCAGGAAUCUCUUUUUGGAGCACAAGAAGAGAGAAUUAAUACUCAUCCAAGGCCACAGAGACAAGAAGUUGUCAACCAAUCUGAAGAUUUCAAUAUCGCUAAUGAUUUUCCUCCUCAGCACCAUAGAGAGUUCAUUGCAUCCCAUGAUUUCGCAAGGGGACCUCCAAUUUUUGGAGAAGGCAUGAAGGUUCCUCAAGGUACUAAAGAAAAUCCUAUUGAGCUUCAACCAGUCAGAAUCAGCACAUCGAAUUCUCAUCAAAGUGUUGAUUUAAAUGCUCCAUCUCCAAGUUUCUCAAAAGUUUCAAACAACUCACAUCCAUCUCAAAGGAGCAUGGAGGAGUUUAAAAAACCAAAUGGAGAUUCUUUCGGGAGUAUCUCUGGGCCUCAGAUGGUCAACCAAGAAGGUCACCAAAGCCGUUCUAACCAUCAGACGCGGAACGAGAUGCAUACUAUACACACAAUGCAGAAUGAGAGAUCAUGGCAGAAUCCAAUGGCCAUGAGUAGAGAAAAUAUGCCAGAGUAUUCCUUCAUACCCAGAACUAACCAAUAAUGCAUAAAUCAAUUUAAAAAUG